GCACAGGGGCACGAGUCGCACGAGGAUUUUCCAGAAAGCGGGCAGAGAGCUUUGAAGAUUUUCACGGAGAAACAAGACGAUGUCAGUGAAGUGCUGAAAAAGGCGCAGAGGGAAGCAAGUCUUGAGCAAGUCCGUGCAGACCUCCUUCAGCUCUACCGGUCUGCAGGUGAGAAGGACAAGGGAGAAGCUGUUUCCCCAGACAUGCUCAUUCAGAAAGUUGAUGGUGGCAAAUCUGCGGCAGAUGCUUUCUAUGUGGAGUACCCUGACGCCUCUGGUGCCCCAUCAACCGAAGGCAUGGAGAUGGUUGUGGAAGCCCUGCAGACACUGGAGAGAAAGCUGGAAACGAUGGAGACAAAUACGGCGAGAAAGCUGGAGACGAUGGAGACAAAUACGGCGAGAAGGCUGGAGACGCUGGAGACAAAUACGGAGAGAAGGCUGGAGACGCUGGAGACAAAUACGGAGAGAAGGCUGGAGACGCUGGAGACAAAUACGGAGAGAAGACCACUCACAUUUGACGACCUGCAUGAAAAAACCAUUUCUGUGAAUCCAGCUCCUUUCAUGCGCUCCUUGUAUCUCAAAGCAGAGAUGGCUCAUGGCGAGCACAACGAGUUGCCAAAUCCACGGGACUUCACACAGAACUACGAAAAGCGUUGUGAUGCAAUGAAAGCUGUACUUCUUCAGAGACUGUUGCAGUCAAAGCCAGACAAGGCGCUCCCUGUUGUACAGUAA